CCAUGCAACAAUAUAUAUUAGUAUAUAAUCUUAUAAAACCCUAGAAGAGUUCACUCUGAACAUCAUCUCGAUCCUCUCUAUUAUUAUUUCUCCUUACAGUUAUCACUAUAGCAAUUAAUACAUAAAAUUAUUACUAUGGGAGGAGUGAAUAGGGGAAUGGCCACAGAAGCUUUUGUGUUGAUGAUGCUGCUAAUUGGUCACUCAGUAGUGUUGACCAGUGCCACCAAAUACGUUGUUGGCAGUAGCACCGGUGGUUGGACUUUUGGUGCUGGUUGUAACUGGCCCUCUAAUGGAAAGCUCUUUAAGGCUAAUGACACACUUGUGUUCAAAUACGAGGCAGGUCAUCAUAACGUGGUGCGUGUUACAAAGGCUGGUUAUCGGAAUUGCACAGCUGGAGUUGGGGCAAAGGUGUAUUCAAGUGGAAAUGAUCAGAUCAAGCUUGUAAAGGGGAAAAACUACUUCAUUUGCACUUUUCCUAACCAUUGCACUUUCGGAGUCAGACUUAACGUAACUGCAGUUUAAUUCCACAUGUAGUGGAUAGAUAAUCUAUCAAUAAAUCCCCCAUGUAUCUCUUUCCUCCAAUAAUAAUAAUUAAAAAAAAAUACACAUCUCAAUGUCAUUAAAAUCUCUUUUUUUUAUUAUUAUUAAUUUACAUUUGCGAGAAGAAAAGGUUAGCUUGUACUUUAAGCAAAUCCAAUAAAAGUUAACGAAUAUUUUUUUUC